AUGUCAAUUGUUGCUUCAGUGCCUUGUGACGGUGGGAUCAUGGAGUGGAAUACACCGCCAUCUCUUAUUCCACUUCUAUUCCCAACUCAGGAACUAUGCCAUUAUGUGCAAGUGCAAGGUGGAUCUUGGAUGCAUAGUGAUUGUAGAGUAACAAAUGAACUACUUCAUUCAAUUGCAAAGCAGAAAAUGUGGAAACAGGUCUACAUUCUUUAUGAUGAUACAUUAAGUCUUUAUUGUUUGCAAGACUUAAUAGUGCGCCUUAGCUUUGAUUCUGUAACAUCUCAGUUGAUCCAUGUGGCUACAGAUGAGAGUGUUAGAAGCGUAGUGCGGCAUAUCAGCUAUACAAGAAACAUUUUCUACGUUGUCGCCGAGGAGUACACGAUAAGUUCACUCUUACAAGAGGCGAACCCUUACAUAAAAAAAUCUAUAGAUGCGGAGUCGGGGAAAGUGGUGUAUUCUGGGUUUUGCUAUGACAUUUUAGAGGAUCUUGCAAAGGCCCUUAACUUUCGAUACCUUAUUAAAGAUUCAGUUGACGGCUUAUACGGAAAUCCAACUGACGAUUUCUCUGAUGCAACAGGAAUGAUUGGAAUGGUCAUGCGAAAGGAGGCUGACAUAGCUGUAGGGCCUGUCACUAGAACAGCAGAUCGUCUUAAAGUUGUUGAUUUCUUGGCACCAUUCCAGGAGGAAGGAAUAGGCUUUCUGAUGAGGAAAAUUGACAGUCCUCCUCUCGAACAAAUGUUUCAUGUCUUCCGUCCUUUUAGUCUUGUGUGCUGGGUUGCCGUAGUAGUUUCCAUAGUGGUGACAGGAAUAAUUCUUUCAAUCAUUGCCAAACUGAGUCCAUAUGCUGAACACAAAGAAGCAUCGCUUUCUCGAAACUUGUGGGUUGCAUUAAGCUCAAUUUUAGGGCAAGAGGAUGGUCCUCGACCCAGAUUCCUUCAAGGAUAUGUAAUAUUAGGAUUUUGGUGGAUAUUUAUUACGCUGAUCAUGGCUUUGUAUGCCUCUUCCUUGGCGGCAUUUUUAACAGUUUCACUUUCCAAUGCACCUUUAAAGAAUUUAGAGGAGUUGGCUUCACAGACACAUUAUAAACCCCUUGUCUUGCAAGGAACAAGCCUUUUUCAUUUGUUUAAGACUGCAAAAGGAGGACUUCAUAAGAGAAUUUGGGAAAUGAUGUUUGACAUGCCAAAGGUUACAACUAUGGAUGAAGCUUUUACGUUGGUUAAAACUGGAAAAUAUGCUUUUCUAUCUGACUCAUCUGAAAUUCGAUUUGAGCUUCAGGAUAAAUGUGACGAGUUGGAAAUUGCACAAGAAUCAUUUUUAUUGACACAGCUAUCUUUCGUCGUCGGCAAAAAUUUUCCGUUUAAAGAUGCCUUCGACAAUCAGUAA